AUGGCCACUCCCACGGUGUUUGUCUGCGGUGCUACCGGCGCUCAAGGCGGAAGGCUCGCUCGCAGGCUUAGGGCUAUGGGAUGGGGAGUCCAUACCACCGUGAGGACGCCCGGCUCGCCGGCUGCCCAGGCCCUCUCCUCCAUUGGCGUCAAGAUCACUCCCGGAGACUGGGACGAUGAAAGCGCCCUCAAGCAGAGCAUUGCCGGCUGCCAGAAGCUGUUCCUCAACCUGUACCCAACCCUCCACGACUUCCCCCACGAGCUGAAGCAGGCCCAGCGCAUCCUUUCCAUCGCCAAGGCCGCCGGCGUGACCCAGAUCGUCUACUCCUCCGGCCUCGCGCACGAGGGCAGCGACCCGGAGAGCAUCCCUUCGCGCGCGCGCGCCUCCAAGCGCACGAUCGAGCAGGCCACGCGCGACGCCGGCUUCGCGGCCUGGACGGUCCUGCGCCCGGCCUACUUCAUGACCAACCUGGUGCGGCCCAACGUGGACGUGCUGUACCCGGGCGCGUCCGCGACGGGCGUGUUCACGCUCGCCAUCGGGCCCGACACCACGCUGCCGCUGAUCGACCCGGACGACAUCGCCCGGUUCGCCGCCGCCGCGUUCCAGCACCCGGACCGCUUCCACGGCGAGACCAUCGACCUCGCCGCCGAGGAAGUGUCCAUGGCCGACAUCCUCGCGCUGCUCUCGCGCGCCGCCGGCCGCGAGCUGAGGGGUAACUACCUGUCGGAUGCCGAGAUCGAGGCCCAGAAGCGGGUUAAUCCGUUCCUCAUCGGCCAGCUCGACCUGCGGGACGGGGUCCGGCAGCUGGAUCUGGAAAAGACCAAGAGCUGGGGCGUGCCGCUGGGCUCGCUG